GCUCCAAGUGUUUGCCCUGUGUAUGCUGCAGCCAAAUAAAGUUAGGAUUGUUACCUGUUAUAGUACAGCCUGAAGUUGAGACCUGAGGAAUUAAACAUCUGAUGACAUUUUUCUUAAACAAGAUACAAUAACUUUUACAGUGAGUUUGCUGAUCCUUUUCUUUACUUUUUUAGAUUUAUGAGGAACAAGAGAUGAAUUUGGAGCAGGAUAGGUCCUAUGUGUGUAAUGCACCAGGCUGCUCCCAGCGAUUUCCUACUGAAGAUCACCUGAUCAUUCACAGACACAAACAUGAGAUGACCUUGAAGUUUCCUUCAAUAAAAAAUGAUAAUAUGUUAUCAGAUCAGACACCAACACCAACUCGUUUUCUGAAAAACUGUGAGGAAGUGGGUCUCUUCAAUGAAAUUGACUGUUCCUUGGACCAUGAGUAUCGAAGUGCACAGGAAGAAGAAAACAACAAAAGAAAUAUUACUAUACACAAUGCAGUUGGAGGUAUGAGUGGGCCCGGGACACACCAGCUCUCUAAUAGCAGAAUGCCAAACCAUGAUACCAGCGUUGUAAUCCAGCAAGCAAUGCCCUCUCCGCAGUCCAGCUCAGUCAUCACACAAGCACCUUCCACAAACCGACAGAUUGGGCCUGUUCCAGGCUCUCUCUCUUCAUUGCUGCAUCUACAUAACAGACAAAGACAGCCCAUGCCUGCUUCUAUGCCUGGUACCCUCCCCAACCCUACCAUGCCUGGAUCAUCUGCAGUAUUGAUGCCUAUGGAAAGACAAAUGUCAAUGAACUCCAAUAUCAUGGGGAUGCAGGGCCCAAACCUUAACAACCAAUGUGCGUCUCCUCAAGUCCCUGCAAUGCACUCAGAAGCCAAAAUGAGACUAAAGGCAGCUUUAUCACAUCAUCCAGGAGCCAUAUCAAACGGAAAUAUGAAUUCAAUGGGACACAUGAUGGAUAUGAUGAACUCCAGACAGGACCAGACGCCACAUCAUCAUAUGCAUUCACACCCACAUCAGCACCAAAACCUGCCACAGCACCAUACGUACUCUCAUCAGCAGCACCAGCAUCCGGCACACCAUCCUCAUUCUCAGCCUCACCACCAACAAGGUCACCCUCAUCAUCACUCCCACUCACACCUUCACCCACAUCCGUCACACCACCAGACGUCUCCACAUCCUCCUCUGCACACUGGAGGACAAGCACAGCUUUCACCAGCAGCACAGCAAAUGCAGCCCACUCAGACAAUACAGCCUCCUCAGCCCUCGGGAGGACGUCGAAGGCGGGUGGUAGAUGAGGACCCAGACGAGAGGAGGCGAAAAUUUCUGGAAAGGAACCGAGCAGCUGCCACACGGUGCAGACAGAAAAGGAAGGUCUGGGUGAUGUCACUGGAAAAGAAAGCAGAGGAACUCACCCAGACAAACAUGCAGCUUCAGAAUGAGGUUUCGAUGUUGAAAAAUGAGGUAGCACAGCUGAAACAGCUCUUAUUAACACAUAAAGACUGUCCGAUUACUGCCAUGCAAAAAGAGUCACAAGGUUAUUUAAGUCCAGAAAGCAGCCCUCCAGAGAGUCCCUCUCCAGCCUGUUCACAGCAGCAAGUAAUUCAGCAUAACACCAUUACAACUUCCUCCUCUGUUAACGAUGUGGUUGGAAGCUCUUCCCUCAACUCAAUUGCCAAUCACAGAACAGAUAUUAAUCCAAUUCUUUGAAAUGCUGUGGGAGGUCAAGAACUACCUUUGGAAUUUUGGAGUUAUAUCAGAUCUUCCGCUUUUACAAACUUUUGUUCUCAACUUUGUUUGA